AUGGAUUUGUCCCCCGUCCAGGAUUUACCCCAUCACCUAGCGCGAAGAUCAGACCUCAGUGGUGCCCCAGUCUACGAUCUUAAAUUUGACUACGAUUUCCGCCGGGUGCCACGAACCUACGGGGACAGUCAGAUGCGGAUUGACUUCAGUAAUGAAGAAGGGUACUGGGAUGCGGUGGUUGACCGACCAGGUCAAACGAAGAAGAAAAAACGUGAUCUCGAGGAAGUGCGAAAGAACCAAAAGAGAUGGCUCGAAGAAGAAUGGCGAGAAGCAUACCACAAAGGGGGCUUGUCUCGCCAUGAACUUCAUCGCAGAUGGUUUGGCAGCGAUGUCAUCGCGUGGUUGGCCAACCUGGUCGGUGUUGGGCAGGCUGAAGCAACCGUGGAGCUGAACCACCACGUCGACGAGACUCUCCAGAUCAUCUUAAUGGAUGAACAAUAUGGCCCGUGUCCAUUUGGAGUGACUCAAGCGAACAUUCGCGCCACGCUCGAAGCGAACGUGCAAGUAGACACAUCGUUCGGCAUCACCAUCAUCGUCACGUUGGGGUCACCGCUAGACCUGAGCAACUCUUAUUUAUACUUUAAGAAUAAGGGCAAGGUCACGGCACAGUUCCAAGUGGAUGCCGUCGCUUCAAUCUCCUGGAAUUCUGGUGAUAUCAAACUGAUCGGGCUCGACAACUUCCCAGGGGCCACCUUCAGAGUGCCCGGAGUCGUCACGAUCGGGCCGAAUAUGGCGGUUUAUGCGUCCGCUGACGCUUCGGUAACGCUUUCCGCGCAUCUUCAAGCAGAGGUCAACAUCGUAUCGUGGGACAUUCAACAAACCUACCCUCAAACAAAUCAGUAUCCCGUCUCUGCUCUUGAUUCUCCCAACUAUGACGGGACGCAGACACUCGGAAGCCUAUCGGUCUCAGCCUCGGUCAGUGCCGUCGGAGAACUAGCCCUGCAUCUCAAACCUAAGGUUAUAUUCGGUAUUGUGUUUGAUUCCCGGUGGAAUGUCCCCGAUUGCAGUGUGGAUCUUGUUAUGGACGGAUUUGUGAUCUUUCACGCGGAGGCGGGUCUCUCGACAGACUCGGACAAUACCUGCCCCUUCACUUACGGCAUUGAUGCCGGAGUGAACAUAUACGGGCAACUGACCGCACCUAGUUUCUACAAUUGGGGAGGAACCGCGCAGGUCCCUAUCGCCAGUGUUCCUCGUAAGCAGAUCACGCCCAAUACCUGCGUUGGCUCGAGUACGUCAUCCAAGAGAGACGUGGUCCUUCUCGACGAGUCUAUAAAUCAGUCAACACAAGCAGUCACAGCUUCCCUGAGAUGGGCACAUGGUAUUUUUUUUGAAGCGGAUGAAUCGGCAGGCUGGCAAGUCGCAGACUAUAGAUUCCGGGAGCCCAAUGUCGCGUUACUUAAACGUGAUACAUUCAGCAUCAGACCGAUCAUAGCAAUCCCGGAGAGUUCACUUUCUUGUCCGGGAGAGAAUGUGACGGGAUGUCUAGUUUGUAGUUCUUACGGAAGUGACGAUACUAACCUGAAAAUUCGUGAUGAGACGUACGAAGCAGACGCAUGUCCUUGGGCUCCUACUUCUGACACUGUCUGUAUAGAUAGCACACUUUCCAAGCGGGCCUCCGCUGGGGACAAGGAUAUGACCCUAUCGUGGGCUGGUACCUUUUUCUUUGCGUAUUAUCCACCGUGCAAUGCCGAUGAUUUGAGUGGCGUGAGUUCAAUUUCAAAGUGGUAUAUACCCAAAGGUGCCCAAUUAAAUCUCUGUGAUCCCACUAUCGCCAAAUUCAAUAAGGAUAACGGAGCUGCCACGUGUGCAUAUGUUUUUGGCAGUAAUACAGAUACUGGGGGCUUUGAUUUCCCCCUAGACGCUCAAGACACUUCCCCGAGUAAUUUCCUCGCCAACACCGCCACCAAGGUAGGAGGAAGCGAGAAUUCGAAUUUGAUGGCUUUGCUUUAUGCACCAACGAAUGGAGUUAAGGGGACUUGGAAAUUGCUAGUGCUAUUCAAAUUAGUGCUAGCGCGUUCAACUACCUGUUAG